AUGAGGGCCUUCUUCCCCCUCGUGGCCUUGAGCUCCCUUGCUCAGGUCACCCAGGCCCUCUACUUCUUUCUCGACGGCACUACCCAGAAGUGUUUCUACGAGGAGCUUCCUAAGGACACUCUGGUGGUUGGACACUACUCGGCAGAGGAGUAUGAUGACCAGAGACACGCCUGGUGGAAGCAUGAUGGCAUCAGCAUCUUUAUUACUGUGGAUGAACUCUUCGACAACAACCACCGCAUAGUAACGCAGAAAGGUGGCGCAGGCGGCCGCUUUACCUUCACUGCCGCCGAGGCUGGCGACCACAAGAUCUGCUUCACUCCCUCCUCUGACAGCGGCAAGACGGCCUGGCUUAGCACCUCCAAUCCCAAUGGCGGCAUCAAGCUGACCCUCGACAUGACCAUCGGCGAGACCAGCGUGAUCGAGAGCUCCGACAAGGACAAGCUGGAGGAUAUCCAGUCGAGGAUCAAGGACCUGAACUCGCGGCUGCAGGAUAUUCGCAGAGACCAGGUCUUCCAGAGGGAACGAGAAGCCGAAUUCCGCGACCAGUCUGAAGCUACGAACUCGCGCGUGGUCCGGUGGAUGCUUAUCCAAUUGGUUGUUCUCGGCGGUACUUGCGCCUGGCAGCUCUCUCACCUCCGAUCCUUCUUCAUCAAGCAGAAGCUUACUUGA